GUGCUGCUGCAGCGUAGGAGGAGACGUGGGCCCUCUGUGGGACACGCUGGACACAGGACCGGACACUCGCGGACUUCCACACAAUGCUGCCGUGUUCCAACUUUCAUUUUACACGCAGAAAGUUUCAUUUAAGCAGAAACAUUUAAGAGCACGACCACUCCGCGUGGAUUUUAUUGGAUAAUUUCAAUUUUCCCCGUUUUCUUCAUUGAGAAUUCCUGCUUUUAACUGCGGACGGCUUCGGGACCCAACAUGUUGACCAGUUUGUCUCAGGAAUGGCUGAGCAAGGAGCCGUUCAUGUUUGAGGACAUGCAGAGCCUGAUGGACUACCCCCCCACGCCGCCGCGCUCCCCCCCCCCGCCGCCGCGCUCCCCCUCCCUGAAGCCGGGUCAGGCCAAGCAGCUGUCCAAGGAGGACCAGCUCAGCUUCAUGUCCGACAUCCUGCUGGAGGACCAGGACCUGCUCAACUGGAACUGCGACCUGUUUGGCUCCGUCGAGCGCGACGGCGACCUCCGGACGCCCCCGGACGACGCGGCCGACGACCCCCUGUGGCUCUGCAUUUCGGAGAAGCUGGAUGAGAAGCUGCUGGUGCUGGGCUCCAGCCCGCUGCUGUCCGACAUCGACACCAACAUCUUCGAGGACCUGGUGGGCUCCACGCUGGACUGCCUGGACACGCUGGCCGCCGCGCCAGAGCCGCGCCAGGCGCCGGAGCAGGUCGCCUCAGAGGUCACGUCAGACUACGGCUCGGCCGGCGGAGAGACCUCCACGCCCUCCAGCGACUCCGAAGAAGAAAUCGAUGUGGAGUCGCUGGAGUCCGUGGGCUCGUCCAGCCCGUCGCCGGCCGGCCGCCGCCUCAACCCGGAGGAGGAGCAGCGCGCCAUCCAGCUGCAGCACAACUACGCCGCGCCGUGCCCCGCCUCGCCGCCGCCGUCCACUCACAAGCGUUGGCGAUGCGCCGACGGCUCGUCGCGGCCGCAUCACGCCACCCGCAGCUCCGCCUCGCCCCCUUCCUCCUCCUCUUCCAGAAGCUCGUCGGACGACGAGGAGGAACGGCGACGGACUCACAACGUCAUGGAGCGGCAGCGGCGCAACGAGCUGAAAAACUGCUUCCUGCGCCUGCGGGACAGGGUGCCGGAGCUGUCGCACAACGACAAGGCGUCCAAGGUGGUGAUCCUGAAGAAGGCGCGGGACUGCAUCUACGGCCUGGAGGCCGAGAGCCUGCGGCUGCGGGCGCGCAGGGACCGGCUGCGCGCCAAGCAGGAGGAGCUGAAGGCCCGGCUGGAGCAGCUGCGCAGAUAAUGCAGCAGCCGGGGGGGAGGGGGGCUGCAGCGCCGCAGACUGAGACACACAGACAGAAACUGUCGCUUCCCUCCCUUUCCCUCCUUUCACCCUCCGGACGCCACCUGGAGCUCGGCCUGAAUGUUUCAGGAGGUCUCUUCAGUCGGGCCGGUUCCAGCCAAACCCAGUGGCUGCAGAAUCAAACUCAGCGUUUGUCAAACUGGACGGCCAGGUUCCCCUUUAUGAUGGAAAAGACGUUUUAUACGCAGAGGUCUUCCUCGUCAGGUUUUAUUGGCUUCAGCAGGUUCUAGUUGGUUCGUCCUGAAGAUCCAGUUAAUUUAAACUAGUUGCCUUCUUUGUCAUGAACUGUUCAGUUAAAGGAUGUUGAGCUGCAGGCGGGUGUUAACCACAAGGCAGGGAUUUUAGUUUCUUUUGUUCCUCUACAGAAACGUUCACACUCCUACCUCCACCUGGCUGCAGUUGGGUCUUUCCUUUUAUUGUACAUAUUUGUAAAAGUUUUUUAUUGAAAAUAAAUUAUUUUGGUAGUUUUGAAUAUUUGGAGACAACGCACCUUCUUCCAUAUGAAAAUAAAAUCAAAUAUCAGAUUUGGAAA